AUGGGAACAGAUUUACAUCUCCUGCAGCCGGCAGCUUUAGACUUACCGUUGCGGCCCUCCCAGUAUGCUGCUGGUCCUAUUCCCAGUCUGAAAGAUUUUCAGGCACAGUGGACCGCAUGGGAUAUAGUCACCAAAGCAAUGAUCCCACAAGAAGAGCUGCUUUCAAAGCCGAUUAAACUACGAAAUUCCCUGAUAUUUUACCUAGGACAUAUUCCCACGUUCGCUGAUAUUCACUUGACCCGUGCUUUGGGUGGCAAGCCUACAGACCCUAAAUCAUAUCAACUGAUAUUUGAGCGCGGCAUCGACCCCGACGUUGACGAUCCGGAAAAGUGCCAUUCUCACAGUGAAAUUCCGGACGAGUGGCCAUCUCGUUCAGAAAUCCUAGAUUACCAAGACCGGGUCAGAAACAGGAUACGAUCCACACUCGAGAUACCCGGCCUGUCCAAGAACAGAACGCUGGGUGAAGCCCUUUGGAUCGGGUUUGAGCACGAGGCAAUGCACUUGGAGACCUUCCUCUACAUGCUGAUCCAGAGUGAGAGAGUCCUUCCUCCGCCGGGUAUCCAGGCGCCGGAUUUCAAGAAGAUAUUUCUUGACGCAAGAGAAAAUGCGAAGCCGAACGAAUGGUUCGCUAUACCAGAACAAACCCUAUCUAUAGGGCUUGACUCUUCAGAGGACUUGAUGCCAACGUCAACAUUCGGUUGGGAUAACGAAAUACCUAAGCGCAAUGUAACGGUACAACCAUUUGAAGCGCAAGGGAGGCCCGUUACCAAUGGUGAAUAUGCCCGGUACCUUCAGAAGAACCAAAUUCACAGGUGGCCUGCCUCCUGGAUUAUGACCAAUCAAGCAGAUGGAGUUGCGAACGGUAGCACCGCAACUGAGGAUUUUCUAACUGACUUCUCUGUUCGCACGGUCUUCGGCCCCGUUCCACUUGAGCUAGCUCAGGACUGGCCAGUCAUUGCAUCCUACGACGAGCUUCAACAAUACGCUUCAUGGAUGAAUUGCCGCCUGCCGACGUUCGAGGAGGCCAAAAGCAUCUAUGCACACUCAGCUCGUCUAAAGAAAACUCUUACAGACGGCUCCGCGGAUGCAGCUAGCAACGGACUCAAAAACGGCUACCACAAACCGCAUCUUAGAAACGGCACCGUCAAAAUUGCUCCUUCUACAGCCCAACCCGUCCUCCCGCCCUCUGCAUCCGCAUCCUCUCCACCUGUUUUUCUCGACCUCACGACUUGCAAUGUCGGUUUCAAGAACUGGCAUCCCAUGCCCGUGAUCCAGAAUGGCGAUAAACUGGCUGGCCACGCAGAGCUCGGCGGCGUUUGGGAGUGGACUUCGUCACCUUUGGAGCCCCAUGAUGGGUUCAAAGCCAUGGAGAUUUACCCAGGCUAUACUUCCGACUUCUUCGACGGAAAGCAUAAUAUAAUCCUCGGUGGUUCGUGGGCGACUCAUCCGCGGAUUGUUGGGAGGACGACGUUUGUGAACUGGUAUCAACGAAAUUAUCCUUACGCAUGGGCUGGAGCGCGACUUGUACGGGACGUUUGA